AUGAGUCCAGCGAAAAGUGGCUCCAUGUAUUUUAAUUACAAAGAUUAUCAUUCAGUAGUGUUGAUGGCAAUUGCAGACUCAAAAUACCGCUUUGUUUAUGUUAACAUUGGGAGCUUUGGCAAAGAUUGCGAUUCUUCCAUUUUUAAACGAACCGUUCUUUGGAACUCAAUAACAACAAAUACACUACAACUACCAGAUGACAAAUAUCUCCCGGGCACAGAAACUCCUAAAGUUCCAUACUUCUUUGUUGGGGAUGAAGCGUUCGGGCUACAUAUACGUUUGUUACGGGCAUAUGGAGGAGCACACUUGACGCAAGAGAAGAGAAUAUUUAACUACCGGUUGUGCAGAGCUAGACGUUAUGUCGAGUGUGCCUUUGGGAUAUUAAGCAAUAAAUUGAGAAUAUUUCAUCGGUCUAUUGACGUAGAUCCUGAUUUUGCAGUUGACAUUAUUAAAGCUUGUGUUGUUCUUCAUAACUUUGUUCGUGACCGGGACGGGUUUUUGGCUGAAGAUACUACAACAAUAGCCGGACUGGAAGAUUUACCAGAAGAAACCACAAUACGAGGUGGUCUUCAAGCAAACAAUAUCAGAAACUUAUUAAGCAAAUAUUUUGUAACAAGCGUUGGUGCCGUUCCUUGGCAAAUGGCUAAAAUAUGA